GAUGCAUAUGGGGAUGAUUCCUCUUUCCUUCGCAAGGUGUUGCAGGAGCAGUUGGGCUGUCUGGAGGAAACCCAUAUGCUGAUGACCCAGCUUCGCGGGGAGAUUGCUGCAGAGCUGCGACAGAUGCAUCGACAAGAGCUCAAUAACUUCAGUUUGCAGAUCAAGCAGGUCGUUCAGGAGGCACAUGCGUCCGCGCUGGCAAGAAGGCGGCCAAAGAACGAGGCAUGCGCUGAAGCGAGACCCAAAGCACCCGUGGCAAGCCCCACAGCAUCCUCCCUGCCAAGUCCAAGCUGUGAGGCAGCCGUUGGCAGCACCGUUAGCAAGGAGCGGCACGUCCCGAGCGCGGGCACGGAAAUGAUGACCAAGGGUAUGACCAGCUGCUGCCCAAGCAAGAGUAUGCUCAAAUUGGUGGCUCAUGAGCUGAAAGCCCCGCUCAACGGGCUUGCAGGAUACUCCAGGACCUUGGCCGAGACAGACUCCAAGCAUCAGAAAGAGUUCAAGCUACUUUCCAACACUGCGCAAUUUGCGUUGGACAAUGUCACGAAUUUGACGGAUUUGUGGACGUACGCCAACUACGAGAUUGGUGGAUUGCUGUCUGAUCCAGUCAACUUGGAGGAGCUCAAUGCGGUGACCAGCGAGAGAAUCGGAAGAAGUGUCAGCCGCAAAGGCAAACCCCUUGUGCCCACGGGGGUAGCUAUCAACAUGACGGUUGAGGAUGGCAGCGACGCGGUCAAGGGCGAUUUCAAUGCCUUGUCGCUGCUGGAAUAUCACUUGGUGUCCAACAGUGCCAAGUUCACAGAGAAGGGUCAGGUGGACGUAUGCUGGGAGAAGACCGAGGUGGGCAUCUGCCUCACGGUUCAAGACACUGGAAUUGGCUGUUCCCCAGAUGUGGUCAACCAAAUCUUUGAACCCUUUGUGGUCGAGGAUUCUUCAGAGUCCAGAAAGCGAGAAGGAAUUGGACUAGGUUUGGCAGUGGUGCGUGAAAUUGCCAGAUUGCACGAUGCCAAGCUGUCAGUGGAGACCACCAAGGGAGCAGGGAGCAGAUUUCGGGUGAUGUUUCCAGAGAGGUGCACUGCGAAAGCGGUGAAAACCCACCGCCACCCGCGGCUGCGAACCAUGCCAUGA